CAUACUUCAGCUCCUAACCAUUCGUGCCUCAAAACUACUCGAGAAACAAAGCUUGGACUGAAAGCCUGGACAUUACGUCGACGUUUGACCAUUUUAGCUACCAGCGAACAAAAAGUCCAAGUGAAUGCACUUGGCUUUUACAUCAAAAGGAUACAACUCGAAGCCAGGCCAUUUUUGGCUCUUACCGCAAGUCGAAACUCGUUCAUUUUUCGCUAGUACUGUAACUGAUACUUCGAAGACUAAGCUUGGUUUUCGUAACAAAAGGACAUAUCAUUUGAGGCUCUAACAUAUUUGAAUAUUUGACAAUAGAACGGACAAUUCGAAGCGUAAGCAAUCAUUGUUUUAGCACAAGAAGAUACAGUAUGUAUACAGCGGUUAUUUUGCUAAUAGUCUUGGCUUUUUGCAAGCAAACGUGUGGAGGGGUACUGGUUAAAGGCAACCCUAUUGGUCACCAAAGGUUUCCCGGUUUCAUGCGACAUUUGUAUAACCAGUUUUUGUCGGGAACAGCUCCGUUUUCCAAUAUCGUACACAGUAAUGCUGCAAUCGGUGAGUUGAAUCAUUUAUAUAUAGAUAGUACAUGAAGUACCAGCCUUAAAUAUAGCUGCCUGGCUGUUUCAGCUUUUCGUGGUUUGUGUCGCAUGAACUAUCGGAUCUAAACGAAAGCCAUUCGUGGGGUUAUAUAUGCGGUAACUGUCUUUUUCAGGUAGUUCAGACACAAACCGCCACCACAGCUUAUUGUAGAAUACUACCUACACUGAACCACGGUCAACCACCACGUUUGAGAUGGAUUUUUCAGGUAGUUCAAACACAAACCACGACAGCUUAUUGUAGGAUACUACCUAUACUUUGGAUCACCUAGAAUAAAAAGUACUAAAUCCUAACUAUUAGAAUGAUCUACAUCAGCCAAUAACUCGUAUACAAGAUUGCAAUGUUUAGUCGUCCUUUAAAAUCUAGAGAAAACGACAUACUGAAUAUAGUCCGCAAUUUUUGUAUUACUCGAUGCAGCAAAGCGCUCGGGUUUUGAUAAUUUUAACCAUCAUUUUAAGAUAAUUGGCUUGUUUUGGAUGUUGUUUGAAACACGUCAUUGAAAUUGGCAAAUAUUUUUAGAAAAGCGCGCAGAACUUUAAACAUGUACAGAGUGUAUUUAAUCUUAUAGCCUGAGUGGUUUAGCAUCAAACUAAACAUACUAAAGACCUAAUCCCAACGUUAUCAUGUGUUUACCCUCCCCCAAACACUUGCCUGCAUAUAUCCUGUAUAUAGGUUAAAUGCCUGGUUACCUUUGUUCUAUUCUAAGAUUAUAUUGUCACCUUUUGGACGAUGUUAUUUGAUGUCCCAAAUCUGGAAUAGUUCGCGAGUAGAUGGCGAUGAAAUUUAGACUCGUGUGAAAUAAAAUUAUUUUAAUUCCACUAUAAAAUUCUGCUAUAUUUCUCAUUACCUGUAUCUAGACAUAAAAAUAGUUAUGCGUGUCCAUCAAUCUUGGCCAAAAACCGUAGAACGACGGACGCUUUUCUCCUUAAAGGACAUUGGCAAUAAAAAAUAGUUUAGUUCAUUUGAAAGGACUCUUAAAACUAUAUAUUAAACUUUAUUACAGAUUGUUUAUAUCUUGCUUAGUUUUAAAGAUAUUUCGACUGAAAGAAGUGAGCUGUUCGCCAUCUUGGAUUAAUGAGGGGAUAUGCAUGUUACGUCAAGAGAGGGGUCACGCUAAUUUUUUAUCUUGAGAGUAAGGAAUCAAUAUGGGUCCAAAACCUCGUUUCUGGUUGCUGUCUGAAAUUCAGAAAUUAUUAAAAACAUUUCAAACAAUUUUGGAUUGUUAUUCGGUCAUUUUAGAGUAAUUUUACAUGGUUAAUCCAACUCCUGACGUCAUCAAAACCAUAGUUAAUGAGGUCAAGAAUUAGUCAAAAUGGCGGACAGCUCAUUAAUUUCGGUCUAAAUAUUUCGAGAACUAAGCAAGGUAUGACAAAUCGGUAAUAUAUUUUAAUAUAUACUUUUAAGAGUUCUUUUGCUGAAUGAGACAAACCAAAUUUUUAUUGCGAAUUAUAAAAUGUAACAAAAUUGUAACAAAAAUAAAUUUAGGGGAAAACUAGUGGAAAUGUUCUGGCGUUCUACAAGCUUAUAACAUAUCGUUCAAAAGGCGACUUGGGUUAAAGGGUGAAUAUAUUAACAUCGUUCAAAAGGCGACUUGGGUUAAGAGUGAAUAUAUGUAAUACGUUGAAGCGUGUUUACGUCUGUUUCUAACUUUCUGCCCAAAUCAUUCUCAGAAGUGUUGACAAAUAUAUUAUAUUGUCUUUUUUCAACCAGCAACUGCUUGAGAAAUCCGGCUCUAUACUUUAUGUGAAACGUAGAUUAUGUUAAUGAGUUUUUAAAAAAUUCCUGCACUUCAAUGAGAUUAUAUCACAAAAGAUUUUAUUUGAAAAAUAUUAAAUUGCAUCGAUAACCAACAAUUCCUUCAAUUUUUUGCAGCCGUGAACCGUUCCACCGUCACUUUCGAAGCCUCGUUCAGCGAGCUGGGUUUUUUACAACGCGAGAAUUUAAGACGCGCUCGCCUUCGACUGGAUAUCCCACAGCAAAAUCACUGUAAUCUCACAGGGCUAAAUAUCCGAGUAAUGGACCAGAAAACCGGACAAAUAUUUGGAGAUUACGUUAUGUUUCCUCGACAUUCUGGUGUAAACUUUCUUAUCCUCACAAAAUCUUUGCGAAAAUUGGCUGCAAAAUUAAAGCCAGACACGAAGUUGAAAGUUCGAAUAACCCUACAAAACCCAACUACUGAUAAGAACCUGUGUUCCAAUGUAGUCAGCGGUCUUAGCAGCGAAGCUUAUUUGGUUACAAAUACGGAUGAGUUCAAAACGAGAAAACGACGAUCGACCGAAGGUAUCUCGAAGACCUUCCGACGAAAUGCCGAAGGUGUUUCGCAGAUUUUCCGACGAGAUACCGAAAGCAUCUCGAGAAUGGCCCGAAGUGCCGAGGUUGUCUCGAAGAUGUUCCGAAGGGCAGCAUCCCGAGUAUGUCCCGUGUGUAGCCCGAGUAUGUCUCGAAGUGUUUCCGAAGGUAUGUCGAACAUCUUCCGACGAUCAAAGCGAAAUACACCCACGUGCAUUAUGGAAGACGUCACUGUUAAUCUGACCAACGCUAACAGUAGCGCUAGCAUUUUCAUACUUCCAAAGUUAUUUAAAACGGGUGUUUGCCGGCAACGGCAGACCGUUCCGUCGAGCAACGACCCGAUGAUCCAGGCACUCGCUCAGGCAAUCAUGACAGCAAGACAAACCUUGCCCGCAAGUUCAAAUUCCGCUUGUUGUUUGCCGUCGAAAUUUCAAAAACUAACUGUGCUGUACUUUGAUAGCAUGCAGCAUGUCGUCUUACGUCACGUGAACAAUGCCAAGGUAACGAGCUGCGCAUGCUCAAACGCCACUUGAACUGUAUGUGUAUAUACAUUAUAUAUGAAUUAGACUUUGAUAGUUGAAGAUUUGAAAGACACAAAGAGACUCGAUUACGAGAUAUAUUAGAUACUGCGCACAUUUAUAUAAUUAGUUUUUGUGCGGAAAAUAUUCGAUAAAAAAGCCGUCGAUAGACUCGAUAGCUAAGACUCGGUUUAAGCUAGGGCUAGUUAACAUUUACGUUGGUUUUACGUACUCUAUCAAGGUUUCUGUGAUCACAGUAGGAAUUUUGCAUAGGUAAAUUCUAAGUUUUGAAGGGUUUGUAAGAAAUGUUUGAGCACAGUUAAUAGAAUGCUGAUUAACUGUGGUUUGAGAAAACUGAAUUGUUGUUAAGACUUUGAAUUUACCUAUACAAAAUUCCUACUGUGAUCACAGAAAACCAGCCUUAAUUGAGGCAACGUCACUCAGGAUAACUUUCAACUACGAUUCGCAACGCGUUGCCGAAGCAAUCAAAUUUUUUGAAACAAAUUUGCAUUACAAAUCGCCGUUGAAAAUGAUUCCGUGCAACAUCGUGUAAUUUGGAUCAUUCUAAGAAGAAUUGUAAUGUAUCUUUAUAGUAAAAACCUCAUUGUGAUAAACUUUUUCACUGUCAAAGUUUCCGGAUAUGAUCAAGUCUAGGGUGAAUCUCUGGUACAAAAAAAAACCCAAGGAAAACUAAUUUGCAAUUCACCUAAUGACAGUCAUAUCUGCAAACGUUGACGGUGAAAAAGUUGAUCAAGAUGGGAUUUUUUAUCAUAAAGAUAUAUUACAUUUCUUCUUCAUAUGAGCUUCGGAACCAAUUGUAUUACUCUUUGAAACUGUGAUGGUAUCAACUAGUUCGUACAGUCAAUUUCGGUGACUGCGCAUGGUUUAUGAUUAAUAUCUGUCGAUCGCGCGGGAAUGUCGCUUCGGUUUUUUGAUAUUCCAAGUGCCAGAAAACAUAAUUAUAUUACUUAUUUGUGCGGGCACACUCAUGAUUUUAUUAUAUAUAAACUAUAUAUGUGUAUUUAAAUAGUUCAAUGUAUGAACUUCAAUAUUCUCAUGCGAGAUACAGUUUUGUCA